GUUCUUCGUUUUUCAAUCUGAAAUCAAUAUGUAAUCUAUUGUUAAAUCCACACUCAAAAUUUCUCUCUACUUGGGUUCCUUUCAUUUGCUUUGCUUUGCUUAGCAUUUGGAUAAUCAAUUAUCAAUACACCAAGAAAGGGACUCCAUUUCCACAUCUCUGCUCUGCAAGUUACUUUGUCUCUUUCUCCCAUCUACUCAUCACUAUAUGCGUCCCAAUCCCACGCUUUCCCCUUUUUCUUACUUUCCCAAUUCUUCUUAUUCUUUCCCUUUAAUCUUACAUUCAUCUCUAAUCUUCUAGAUCUGGGUUGUUCCAAUCUUCCCAUUUUCCCUCUUUUUUCAUGGAGUAAUCAUCGCCCUUGCUUCCGAGGGAUGGGAUCCAGUGGAAGUAAAUCGUCGAGUAAUUCGCUGCCGGCGCCGGAGACUCCCUCGUGUUCUGGCAGAAUCCGGAGGGGGAGAUCCAAAGGCCGGAGAGUUUUUCGGUCUGCUUGCCUCGGUACCCCCUCUGGAUCGCACCACAGCGACAAUGACGAUAAUGAUUCUGAAAGUGAGAACAAAAAGAAUGCUCACGAUUAUUCAUCUGCAAAUCAGACUGCUCAAGCAUUAGAUCAGAUGAAAGUUGAGGGUUACAGAAGGGUUAAAGCUGAGGAAUCUGUUGAAAUGCCUUGCAUAUCAUCGAACGUUGAGCUGGAUGGAUGGGAUCAAGCAGGUGUUGCUGUUACAGCCCCCAGAGCUGGAAGUACCUCUGCUCGUGUAUCUUCCCUGCAAUCGUUGAACCCUUCGAGUAACUUCCUUUCUCGCUUUAGUUUCAUUCCUGGUAAUGUAAGCUUCAGAAUUAGUAGAGCAAACAGUUUAGGAUCAUCUAGAUCUUAUCCUGUGUCUUCAACAAAUCUCUCAAUGUUGAAUAAUGAAGACGAGCCUCAUUUAUCAGAUAGGCCCGCUAGAGGCAUGGGUGGUCAAGAUGAAACUCAGCAAGGUAGGGACUUGCUUCCUGCAUCACUAGCUAGUGAAACUCAUACUCAGUGUUAUGGAGAUAGUCCUGCUAAUUUUAGGUUAAAUACACAACCUUCUGGUCUUUCUGAUAACUUACAAGACAAUCAGUCAGUUUCUUCUACCCAUGACAUGGCUGGUGCUUGCGAUAAUUCUAGAGUAGGGCCAGAUGGAGACCUUUCCCAUCCUCGAACUCUACCUGAAAAUGAAAGCAGUGAGAUUAGACAAUCAGAUAGACGGACUGGAUCUAGGGAACCGGUUGACCGCAAUUUUCGUUUCAGUCGGACACUUAGUGUUGGAAGACUCCGCGAUAGAGUUCUUCGUAGAUCAUCGUUAUCUGACUUCACAUUUUGUCCUCCUCAACAAGAGGGAGAUGAGAGAGAUGCAAGUCACAGUGGCGAUGACCAACAUGUAUGGACUGCCGAGACAAGGGCUUUGGCAUCUGAAGAUAAUGUUAUGACCUCGCCAACAACAUCAGGUUUUCCAGCUUCUAGUCUAUCCAGUUCCCUGUUCAGCACCCAAGAUUUUGAAGUGGAAACUACCCGACCUAGAGAAGCUAGAUAUCAUGAUUUGCUGGAACAUAGGUCAAAUUUCCUCGAACGUAGAAGAAGAAUACGGUCCCAGGUUCGUGCCCUACAGCGGCUGGGAAGUCGCUUUGAGAACCUAUCUGGGCAUGAGAGAUCAUGUAUAUUAUCCGGUCAACAUAGAACCGGGCAUUGUACUUGUCGUAUCAAUAAUCGUGACACAAAUACGAACGAUAACACCAGUGCUAGAGCCAGUAUAUCAAGAAUUGUAAUGUUAGCUGAAGCCUUAUUUGAGGUUCUGGAUGAAAUUCACCAGCAAUCUGUAGUUUUAUCCUCCCGCCCCGCAUCUUCUAUUGGCUCUCUGCCUGCACCAAACGAUGUUGUAGAUUCUUUGCCGGUUAAAUUUUAUUCCAAGUUGCAAAAGCAUCAAAGCGAGGAAGCUGCCCAAUGCUACAUAUGCCUGGUCGAGUACGAGGAAGGAGAUAGCAUGAGAGUGUUGCCUUGCCUUCAUGAGUUUCACGCAGCAUGUGUUGACAAGUGGCUGAAGGAGAUCCACAGGGUAUGUCCACUCUGUCGAGGGGAUAUAUGCAGCAGAUCUGAUGCGUUAUCAGACGACAUCAAGUGAAAGCGAUUCAUUUCCAAAGCCUGCUGUCUUCUGUAUAUCCUUAGAAAUCUUGGAGUGAUGGUUGGUAGCUAGAAAAUUUUAAGCGGAAAGAUGAUGGGUUUGAAAAUUUUACUGAAAUUCAGGUUUUUGUUCUAUAGUUUGUGGUGCCUUUUUAUAAAAAUCAACUUAAUAGAGUGUUCUACUGGGAAUGGAUUCAAUCAGUUGAGCAAAUUGUUUUCACAGAGAAAUAUCAAAUAUAUUAGCUUUUCUCUU